UUCAGGUCAGGUAUACACAGGGGCGGACUGACCCUUUGGAAACUCGGGCACUGCCCGAGGGCCGGGGUCAGUAGGGGGCCCCAUUAGAUGCCCCUGGUACCUUUUUCAUAGGCUUUUUUGAGUUUGUGCAAGGACAGAGGGGCCCCAUGAUCCCCUAUUGCCCGGGGGUCCCAUGAGUUGUCAGUCCGCCCCUGGGUAUACAUCAGUGCCCAUCAUUGCUGCAUAUCAGUGCAGCAUCAUCAGUGCCUCCUCAUCAAUGCCCACCAGUGCUGCCUCAUCAGUG